UAACAUAUUUCUUAAUUAAUUUACUACUAUUAACUUUAUUCUCUCUUGCACCCCCAUCGAGACCGGUGUUUAAUUAGUUUGAAGAAUUAAUUGCACAUGGAUACUGCUUCAUUGAUAAUCCAUUUUCAUGUUAUAUUAGUUCUCCUCAUUUGUUGUAAUAUUUCAUAUAAUAAUUUAACCAUGGCUGCCAAUGACUCUAAUACUUUAGGAGGACCUACAAAUUUCUCAACGGCCAUUUUAAUUAGAGUCGACCAAUCAGGUCAAGGAGAUUUCAAGAAAAUUCAAGAUGCUAUUGAUGUUGUUCCAUCGAAUAAUUCUGAACUCUACUUUAUUUGGAUUAAGCCAGGGACUUACAGGGAGAAGGUUGUGGUGCCAGCUGAUAAGCCAUUCAUCACGUUGAGCGGAACAAAGGCUUCAAACACCAUAAUUACAUCCAGUGAAGGUGGAGAUACUACUGAAUCUCCUACCCUAACUAUAUUAGCCUCCGAUUUUGUUGCAAGAUAUUUAAUAAUUCAGAAUUUAUUCGGAAGGAGUGGCAAAGCAGUGGCACUAAAGGUAAAAGGAGAUAGGGCUGCGUUUUAUGGUUGUAGAAUUCAAUCGUACCAAGACACUUUGUUAGACGAUGCUGGCAGGCAUUAUUAUAGUAACUGUUACAUUGAAGGGGCUGUUGAUUUUAUUUAUGGAAACGGAGCUUCUCUGUAUGAAAGGUGUCACAUUCAUUCAGUAGCGGCAGGGGCAAUCACAGCUCAAGGCAGAAACUCCCCUUUAGAAAAUACAGGAUUUACAUUUUUGGGUUGCAAGAUAACAGGGACAGGAGGGAACACUUCAUUAGGAAGGCCAUGGGGUUCGUAUUCUAGAGUGGUUUUUGCCUAUACAUAUAUGGCCAGUAUCAUACAGCCAGAGGGAUGGAAUGAUUGGGGAGAUUCUACCAAGCAAAGCACUGCAUACUACGGUGAAUACAAGUGUUAUGGACCAGGGGCUAACAGAUCAAAUAGGGUGGGUUGGUCACGUAGCCUAUCGAACGAGGAUGCCGCACCAUUUCUAACCAAGAAUAUGAUCGGCGGGCGAAGUUGGUUAAGACCUGCACCUACCCAUUACAAGAGAUCAGGCUCAGGCUCAGGCUCAACAAAUAUUGUCACUCCUACUGGAGAAAAUUAAAAUCGAAACUAUUCUAAUUACAGUCAUUCAUUAGUUAAUAUCAAUUUC